AUGUCAUCCUCUAACCUGGUUAACUGGUUUAUCACACAUGGUUCACAUUCCUCUAUAAAAUGAAUGAGUCAGUACAGUUUCAUUGAAACUCUGUUUAACAUUCAGCUUUCUAACAUGUCUCGGAGCAGUACAGCAAGCCAAAGCCGAUAUGGCACUCAGGAGAAACCCCGCCGAUCUGGAAGAUACAGCAGCUCCAGCAGCCGCAGCAGCUCUAGAGACGUGCUGUGUGAUUUUUGUAUGAUUAAGAAGAACAAGGCAGUAAAAUCGUGUCUGACUUGCUUAACCUCCUUUUGUGAAGCGCAUCUCCAGGCUCAUUAUGAGUAUCCAGCUCUCAUGAAGCACAAACUGGUGGCGGCGACAGGGCAACUGCGUGAAAAGAUCUGCGGCGAACAUGACAAACUUCUGGAGGUUUUCUGUCGUUCUGACCAAAUGUGUGUUUGUGUCUUGUGUAUUAUGGAGGAACAUAAAAAACAUGACAUUGUUUCAGCAGCAGCUGAAAGGACGGAAAAGCAGAAACAGCUUGGGGCUAAACUAAUGACUUCACAGCAGAAAAUUGAGGAAAGGAUGAAGAAAUGGCAAGAUCUCAGGCAGGCAGUGGCAUCUCUAAAGCAUUCAUCACAGAGUGUGCUGGAUGAGAAUGAACGUAUUUUUGCUGAGCUGCUGCGAGCGUUGGAGAGGAGGCAUGGAGAAGUGAAGGAGAUGAUUCGAGCUCAAGAAGUCCUUCUGCUGACCAAUGCAGAGAGACAUUUGGCCAGACUAGAGGAAGAGAUUACCCUGUUAAGGAAGAAACACACUGACUUGGAGCAGCUCUCACAGUCUGAUGAUCACAUUCAUUUCUUACAGAGCUGGCAGUCUCUUUCUGCUCCUUCUGGAUAUGAAGAUUUGUCUAAGGUGACAUUAGCGCCUCACCACACAUUUGACAAUGCAAAGAAAGCCAUCUCUGACUUAAAGGUGCAAAUGGAAGAUAUAAGCAAGGAAGAACUGAACAAAAUCUCUUCAGCAGUGAAUGAGGUUAAAAUUCUCCAGACGGUGGACCCAGCAAAACGAGAGGAGUUCUUUGAAUAUUCCUGUCAGCUAUCAAUAGAUCCUUUAACAGCCCAUCCAAACCUGGUCCUGUCAGACAGAAACACUGUGGUGCAGAUGAGCAAUGAGCCCAGACCUUACCCAGAUCAUCCUGACCGCUUCGACUAUUGGCAACAGGCACUGUGUAAGCCGGGUCUGGCAGGAGGACGAUAUUACUGGGAGCUGGACUGGAGAGGCACUGAAGUGGACAUUGCUGUCACCUACAAAGGGAUCCAGAGGAAAGGAAAUGACAAACCUGGCAGCUUCGGAAGGAACGACAAGUCUUGGAGUUUGUACUGCUCUGAAUCCGAAUACUCAUUUAUGCACAACAGCAAAAGCACGGCUGUAUCUGUGCCCAGGUCCUCAAGGAUUGGGGUUUAUGUUGACUAUGAGUCUGGGACACUGGCAUUUUAUAGUGUUUCUGACAAAAUGACACUGCUGUACAAGGUGCAAACUAAAUUUACUGAGCCUCUUUACCCUGGCAUUGGAGUUUGGGGAUACGGGACAACAGUGCGACUGUAAUAAAUCUACGCUGUAAAAACUAUAUAAUCAGUAAAUCAUGACAACAUAUUCUUUUUAUUGUAAUUUCACCCACUCACUAUCCUUCGGUGAGAAGCCCACACUAGUGGACAUUAAUUCCAUGUGGGCCUUUUGAGGGCUUUUUGUGAGAUUUUAAAAACAAAUUAUAAUUAAAUAAAUAUUUUUUUUUUAAUACAGUAGGCCUACCUAUGAGUGAAAAAUUAACCCUCAAGGGUCAGCUGCAACCCAGUACUAAGAAACAUCCAAACACACUCAUUCACACUCAUACACUACACCCAAAUGAGUUUAUUCAAUUCACUUAUACAUGCAUGUCUUAGGACUGUGGGGGAAAUCAGAGUAUCCGAAGGAAACCAACCUGAACAUGAGGAGAACAAGCAAACUCCACGACCCAGCCGGCAGUUGAACCAGUGACCUUCUUGCUGUGUGGCGACAGUGCUAACCACUUAGCCAUCAAGUCGCCCCAUGAUGUAACUUAAUAGAUACAAAUUAUUUUCCAAACUAUGUUUUAUUUGACCUAUUAAUAUCUUAUAAAUUUUAGUAUUUGGGUCCCUCACACAUGGAUGAUCAUGUUGAUCAACAGAUUUAGGAUGUUUAAAAUACUGAAAACCUCUAUACAACACCACAGUUACUCCAACCAAAAGAGAAUCAUUUAAUAAUUCAUUUUCUUUUCGGCUUAGUCCUCUGAUUAAUCUGGGGUCGCCACAGCGGAAUAAACUGCCAACUUGUCCAGCAUAUAUUUGACACAACGG